CCAGGCAAGACCACUGAAUGGCUGUCUGAGACAGCAUCUCAUUCUUUAUUUUUAUGUUCCCAGCAGAAAGAGCUCACGUCAAAGAAAAGAGAUGAGUUUGAAGAUAUCUUGGAGGAAAGGCGAUUGUCCAGUGACUUGAGAUACGCAAUGAAAUGUUAUACUCCUGUGAUCUACAAAGGACUUUCACCUUGCAAGCCAAAUGCUCUUAAAAGUGCUGUUCUCCAGUCAGAGCAAGUUCAAUAUGUUAUCAAGCAGUUAGCAAAAGAGAUGGGAGAAUCACCUGACAUUAUUCAAGAAGAAGCCACGGAAAUCCUGGAUGAGAUGGGCCACAGUAUGCAAUUAGGAGCUGUCAGAUUUUUUGCCUUUACUUUGAGCAAAAUAUUUAAGCAGCUUUUCCAGAGAGUUUGUGUCAAUGAAGAAGGAAUGCAGAGAUUGCAACAUGCCAUUCAGGAACAUCCAGUUGUACUGCUGCCCAGUCACCGCAGCUAUGUAGACUUUUUGAUGCUGUCUUAUUUGCUAUAUACGUAUGACUUGGCUCUGCCUGUCAUUGCUGCAGGAAUAGAUUUUCUAGGAAUGAAAAUAGUUGGUGAGCUGCUACGAAGGGCAGGUGCCUUUUUUAUGCGACGUUCCUUCGGCGGGAACAGACUCUACUGGGCAGUGUUUGCUGAAUAUGUGAAAACAAUGUUAAGGAGUGGCUAUGCCCCAAUCGAGUUUUUUCUUGAAGGAACUAGAAGCCGCACUGCCAAGACUCUGACUCCCAAGUUUGGUCUUCUCAGCAUUGUGAUGGAACCAUUUUUUAAACGUGAAGUUUUUGACACGUACCUUGUUCCCAUCAGCAUCAGCUACGAGAGGAUAUUAGAAGAAACUCUCUAUGCAUAUGAGCUCCUAGGAGUCCCAAAGCCCAAAGAAUCUACAUCUGGGUUAUUAAAAGCCAGGAGAAUCCUCAGUGACAAUUUUGGUACCAUACAUAUCUACGUUGGCCAGCCAGUAUCACUUAGAGCCUUGGCAUCUGGGAGGAUCAAUCGGUGCCCAUUCAACUUGGUCCCGAGGCAUCUUCCCCAAAAGCCGUCUGAGGAUAUCCAGGAAUUUGUCAGUGAUGUAGCUUAUAAAAUGGAGCUCCUGCAAAUAGAAAACAUGGUUUUGAGCCCGUGGGUGCUGGCUGCUGCUGUCCUGCUCCAGAAUUUGCCAGCUGUGGAUUUUGAACUUCUAAUAGAAAAGACCCUGUGGCUUAAAGGCUUAACACGGACUUUUGGAGGAUUCAUUGAAUGGCCUGAUAACCUGUGUGCCAAAAAAGUGGUUGUGUCUGGCCUCAGCCUGCAUUCCAACAUUGCUCGCCUCGUGGAUGGCCACGUGGUGCUAAACGACAAAGGAGUGGAAGAUGGAGCCGUAGGGGAAAUAGUCUUUAGGCGUGCUCUGGCCAUCCUCAUGUGUGCCACCUACAGAAACCAGCUGCUGAACGUCUUCGUGCGUCCAUCCCUGGUGGCAGUUGCCUUGCAGAUGACACGCAGCUUCAGAAAAGAGGAAGUCUAUAGCUGCUUCAGCUUCUUAAGAGAUGUUUUUUCUGAUGAGUUCAUCUUCUUUCCUGGAAUUUCAUUGAAGGAUUUUGAGGAAGGAUGUUUUCUGCUCACAAAAUGUGAUGCCAUUCAGACAAGUCAACAGGAAAUCUAUCCUACUGACAAAGGAAGUGCUACAGUAUCUUUCUUGUCAGCUAUGUUCAGACCUUUUGUGGAAGGUUAUCAGUUAAUUUUCAGAUACCUCUCAAAGGAAACAAAAGAAGCCUUUACUGAGAAGCAGUUUAUACCUGGAGUCCGCAACUUUGUUUUUCAGCUUCUUGAGAAGGGGAACACGCAGUGUUACGAAGCUCUGUCUUCAGACAUGCAGAAAAAUGCCUUGGCAGCUCUUGUGCAACUAGGUGCAGUGAAGAAAAAGAAAUUGUCCAAUGGAUUCACUUACAAUGUAAAUCAAGAGGAUGUUAGUAAAAUUCUGGACAUGUUUGAUGCUAGGAUACCCGUACAGAAACCUGUGGCUGCACGACUCUGA